UUUGUGAGCUUUUCUUUAUUGAAAGAAAGCAACAAUUGCGAUAGUGCCAUCUUAAAAUUGAUAAGUGGAGGAACGUACGAUGGAUCCAAAAAUAUCAUUGAACGGCUUGGGGCUUUCCAACAAAAUGUUGAUCGGCAUGGGCGUCAGCCUGGUUGCUGCAGGUGGCGUCGGCUACUUGAUAUAUCGUUACCUGCACCGGGAUCCGAUGCCCGUGAAAUGGCGCCGUGUCGGCACGUUGCAGCAGAUCAACGUGUUUCCAGUUAAAUCUUGUGCUCCGCUGGUGCUCGGUGACCAGGAGGAGUAUGAAUGUGAUGUGCUGGGCAUAGGCAGGGGGAACGUGCGUGAUCGUAAAUUUAUGUUACUCAAUGAUAAUAACGAAAUGAUUACGGCAAGAGGUUACCCGCACAUGCUUCGAAUUCAACCCAAAGCGAUCUCUAAUGGCUUGAUCUUCAGUGCACCGGGCAUGCCCGAUUUGGAAUUGGACUUUUCAGAUUUGGACACGCCCGCCAAGGACGUGCACACCUCAGUGUGGGGCGUCUCAUUAGAUGCCAUGUUGUGCGGCAGCCGCUACGACAAAUGGUUCUCAGAGUACAUACUUAAAAAGGAUUCGGGCUUGAAGCUUGUGUAUUACCCAUACCCUGUGCCAGUGCGUGCAACUAAUCCCCGGCUUAAGAAUAUGCCUUUCAUAACGCAGGAUGAUUCAGGCACCUUCAAUGAUGCAACCAGCUAUAUGCUUAUGAAUUUAUCCUCGAUCGAUGAUCUUAACACGCGCCUGAAGCGCCCCGUUGACCCGCUACAAUUCCGCGGAAACUUUGAGUUGAAAAUGGACGUUGAUGAGCCGUACGCCGAAGACCACUGGCAAUGGAUACGCAUUGGCAACGAGGCUAUAUUUCGUGUAGUUGCACCUUGCACACGAUGCAUUUUGCCGAACAUAAAUGUUCGUACGGCUGAGCGGGACAUCGAUGGUGAACCUCUGAAAACACUUCGCAGCUAUCGUUUGUUCGACUACCCCUCGCCAGCUAUGGGAUUACAUUUGGGUCUCCGGAGUCCAGGAAAUGUUAAGGCCAAUGACAUUGUUUAUGUGGAAGACAAAUAAACAAAGUGGACAUUU